UGCAGUUCCCAGCCGGAGCAGUGUGCUGGUUGCACUUGCAGGAAACCAUGUGAUGUCUUCAUUCACCCUGCUGCAGGUCACAGGAGAAGUUUUUAAAAGAAGAUGCUGGUUUUGAGGCUGCUUUUCAAUGCUGCCUGCAGGAGGCAACCCCCUGCAAAGCUGGCCUGCCCCUUAGCAUUGUCUUUACCUGGGAGGACCACUACAAUAAUACAGCUGAGAAACCAAACUUCACAAAAUAUGCAUGAAGAUAUGCCACAGCAGAUGGAGAAUCCGUAUAAAGAGCCUCCUAAGAAAUGCGUGUUGUGUGGGGUCACUGUAGAUUACAAGAAUACACAGCUGCUGUCUCAGUUUAUAUCAUCGCAGACUGGGCGUAUGUAUGGCAGACACAUAACAGGUUUAUGUAACAAGAAACAAAAGGCAAUUUCAAAAGCCAUAAAGAGAGCUCGCAUAAUGGGGUAUAUGCCUGUUGCAUACAAGGACCCUGCUUUUCUGAAAGACCCUAAAAUAUGUGAUAUUUGACCACCUGUACUAAUUAUAUAUUGUUAAUAAAUAUUAUUUUGCACUG